UUGUUUUUUUGUCAUUUCAGUCUUGCUAUUCACCCCGAUCGAAUCACAAUUGCCACUGGACAAUCAGCGGGACUUGGAACGUCUGAUGCAAAGGUGAGGAGGGGGGGGGGGUUAAGUCCUCACAUUCGAAUUUGGAAUUCCGUGAGCCUGGAGACCCUUCAUGUCAUCGGUAUUGGAAUCUUCGAGAAUUCUGUUGCCUGUCUCGCUUUCUCUAAGACGGAUGGAGGCUCAAUGAUAGCUGUUAUUGACGAGGCUGCAAAUCAUACCAUCACUGUCUGGGAUUGGCAGAAGUCACGUCGAAUUGCUGAAACUAAGAAGUACGAGAAACCCAAAUUCGUGCUCUCGAUGGUCUUUGCGGAGAAUGGAGAUCUUAUCACUGGAGAUUCUAAUGGCAACAUAUUCCUCUGGACUAGAGGAUCAAACAGGAUUGGCCACGCCGUGCUGGGAGUCCAUGUGGGAGGCAUCUUUGCUCUGACCUUCAGCAAAGACGGUCAUUUGCUCUCGGGUGGUGGGAAGGACUGUCGUAUCGUCCAAUUAGACACUAAUCUGGAUCCCACUGGUAUGGCUGUUGAGCUCUCCUCCUGGUACGGACCAGUGCGAACCCUUAUUUCGGGUCCUGGUGAAAUGAUCAUUGUCGGCACAACUCAGGGCGAUAUCCUGCGAGGUCGACUAGGCGAGGACUUCAGUCCCUUAGUUCAAGGUCACUCAGAUGAGUUCUGGGCUCUAUCCGCACAUCCUCAGAGCCAUCAUUUUCUGACUGCUGGUCGUGAUGGCAACGUGUUCCUUUGGGACUCCCUCACGCGUCGUCUAGUUUGGGCAGAAAACCUCUCCGAAGAGCUCACUUGUGCCGCUUUCUAUCCCCCCAUUGGGCCCUCCUCCCCUACAAUCAAUCAAAAUGGCCGACACAACAAUGACCUUGCCGAUUCAGUUCCUGUGGUUGCUGUAGGAACUGCAUCAGGACGAUGGAUUGUCCUUGACGCUCUCCUCCAUCAAGUUAUUGCAGCUCAUCAUGAGAGCAAUGAACCCAUUCAGUGCAUCGCUUUCUCUCCUAAUGGGCAGUUUAUAGCAAUCGGUGGAAGGGAUAACAGCAUCUACGUGUAUUCAGUAUCAGCUCGGGGUACAAAAUACGUCCGAUUGGGCAAAUGCUCAGGUCAUUCGAGCUUCGUUCUACAUCUGGAUUGGUCAGAGGAUAGUCAGUGCAUACGUUCCGUAUCGGGCGAUUAUGAGCUCCUUUUCUGGUCCGCAUCCAACUGCAAACAGAUUGCAUCACCGAGUAGCAUGCGCGACGUGCGUUGGGCCACACAGAGUUGUCAUUUGGGCUUCGAGGUGGCAGGAAUUUGGCCGCCCGAUUCGGAUGGUACAGACAUCAACGCUAGCAAGUCAAGAUCCUAUAGAGGUCAUUCCAGUCAUGUGACAAAUGUCAAUUUCCUCUUCGACGAUUCGAGGGUCAUUUCGGCCGGCGGAUCUGACACAGCUAUCCUCCAAUGGGAAGUGAUCUCCUAA